AUCGACUAUCAGUGUCCGGGCCUAUAAAAGCCCAGUCUAAAUGGCCCACAUUCAUUUUGGGUCACAAAGCCCAAAACCGCCCUGCAAUUAUAGGCCCUCCUUUCAUUUCGAACUUUCGUCGAACACCUUGUCCUCCCCCACCGCCGAUCACGCAACGGCGGCGCCACGGCAAGAUGCUAUCCCGCGCGCGGCGGCUACACCCCGCUCUCCGCCAUCUACUUCUUCCAACCACCUCAGCACCCUCACGUCAUCCACUGCUCCCGCCUCACCACCCCGCCGCCACCCAAACCUCUAAACCCUCCCCAAUCCUCUUCCGCCGCCACCUCUGCUCCCCACCACCACCACCCAACGCCGCCGCCUGCAUCGCAGCUCCAGCGGUGGUCUCUUCUGACCUCCCAGCCGUCACCACCAAUUCCGUCUGCCCGGGAUGCGGCAUCACCAUGCAGUCCUCGGACCCCGCCCUCCCGGGGUUCUUCUCGCUCCCCUCCCCCAAAUCCCCGGACUAUCGCGCGCGCCUCGUGCCAAUCACCGCCGACGACACCCGGAUCUCCGCCUCCCUCAAGUCCGGUCACCUCCGGGAGGGCCUGGAGCCCUCGCGGGGCGCCGAGCCGGCCGCGGCGGCGGCGGCUGAGACGGCGGAGGCCAAGGGGGAGGGCAAGGUAUUGGUGUGCGCGCGGUGCCACUCGCUGCGCCACUACGGCCACGUCAAGCACCCGGAUGCCGAGCGCCUCCUCCCGGACUUCGACUUCGUCGCCGCCGUCGGCCCGCGCCUCGCGUCGCCGUCGGGGGCCAGGUCGCUCGUGCUGCUCCUCGCGGACGCCUCGGACUUCGACGGUUCGUUCCCGCGCGCCGUCGCGCGACUGGUGGCGGCCGCUGGCGAGGCCCACCGCAAGGACUGGAAGCACGGGGCGCCGGCCAACCUCCCGCGCGCGCUGCUCGUGGUCACCAAGCUCGACCUGCUCCCCACGCCGUCGCUGUCACCCGACGACGUGCACGCGUGGGCGCACGCCCGCGCUCGCGCCGGUGCGGGUGCCGACCUGCGGCUCGCCGGGGUGCACCUGGUUAGCGCCGCGCGCGGGUGGGGCGUCCGCGACCUGCUCGACCAUGUGCGCGAGCUCACCGGGGCUCGCGGUAAUGUCUGGGCCGUGGGUGCGCGAAACGUUGGCAAGUCGACGCUGCUCAAUGCGAUUGCCAAGUGCUCUGGCGUAGUUGGGCGACCCACCUUGACGGAGGCACCAGUUCCGGGAACAACCCUUGAUGUGAUUAAGGUGGACGGCGUUCUUGGAGCUCAAGCGAAGCUGUUCGACACACCAGGACUUCUCCAUGGGCAUCAGUUGACAUCCAGACUGACGAGCGAAGAGAUGAAGCUGGUUCAAGUAAGAAAGGAGAUGCGGCCCAGGACCUACAGAAUAAAGACAGGACAGUCUAUACAUAUUGGUGGAUUGGUACGCCUGGAUGUUGAAGAGUUAACUGUAGGAUCAAUCUACGUUACAGUAUGGGCAUCACCACUUCUCCCGCUUCACAUGGGAAAGACAGAAAAUGCAGCAACUAUGAUAAAAGAACACUUUGGCUUACAACUACAGCCUCCCAUAGGCCAGGAUCGGGUAAAGGAGCUCGGUAAAUGGGUGAGGAAACAGUUCAAAGUUUCUGGGAACAGUUGGGAUACAAACUCGAAGGAUAUAGCCAUUGCCGGUCUUGGUUGGUUUGGAGUUGGGCUUAAAGGAGAGGCAGUGUUAGGAUUAUGGACAUAUGAUGGUGUUGAUGUCAUCUCCAGGAGCUCCCUAGUCCAUGAGAGGGCUUCGAUUUUUGAGGAAGCUGGUUUCACAGUUUCACAAAUUGUCUCCCAGGCAGAUAGCAUGACAAAUAAGCUGAAGGGCACCAAGAAGACAAACAAGAAAAAAGAGAGCAAGACAAAUACUUCACCCGUCACAGCACCAGAAGCUGCAGAAUCUGCUUCCACUGUAGAUGCUUGAGUGUUUUCAUUCUGUCCCGUGACUGGAGUAUUGCUUCGGUGGCCAUUUUCUAGGUGACUGGAGUAUUGCUUUGGUCCUAGAAGCUGUUAACUGAAAUUAUAAGCAUACAAAGGCUUUAGCCUACAAUGUUCUUCAGAAGGGGCCUGUGUUCGAUGAAGGUUUUUCUGGUAGAACUGUGUUUUGAAGCCCUAAAUUUUGAGCCUUCGUCUAUUUGUUUGGCUGGUCAGUCAGUCUUUUAGGAAUGCUCCAUGUGAGAUGUAUGUGAACUUAUAAAAGUCCAACACGAGUACUUGCGAUUGAAAGGAAGGUCUAAAGAUAUUCAGGUUUACAUUUGGAUCUUGUCAUAAAGUUUGGACUUUAUAAUUGUUUUGUAAAGCUGUAGCUCUGAUCCUUCAAUUAGGAUCCACGAACUCCUGCUCUGCUUUGUGUCAACAAUGCCUAAGACUAAAAAUUCAGCGGGCAUCUUUCACGGACCACUUUGUCUUCAAAUGAAAUCUUUCUUUAGUUGUUGGAAUCUGUGAUACAUUGUUGUAAAAUGAUUGUAUCCUUAAUGAUUGAUUCUAUGCUUUC